CUGGCUGUUUUGAUAUUUGUUGUCCUGUGAGGGGAUCUUGCGAGGGUUGGUGGCCUGGCUGUUGGGAGCGUGGGCCAGUGUCCGAUAGUUCGGCUCCCUGUUUCGACUUGUUGGGAGAUCUGUCGACGUGCCCUUGGGCAGGACGUUGACCCUGGAUGCUUCUGUGGGUCACUCUUGGAGGGAGUCUGUUAGAUGACUGAAUGUAAUGUAAAUAUUGAGCGGCUUCACUGAAGGUUGAUUGUAUGUUUUAAUUCAUUAACAACCUCAAAAGAACAGACGACGACUCUUCUGUUUCACCACUCACGCAACCCUGUCUGCGUCACACCAAACGAAGAGCAUCACGAACUAAUGCAGUAAUGCAUUAGUGAAAACCUUGCUUCUACAUUGCUUGCUGUUUGUGGUUUUAGGCUGGGUUUCUGUAUAGCACUUUGUGACAUAGGCUGAUGUAAAAAGGGCUUUAUAACUCAAUUUGAUUGAUUCUCAGGGCAGACCUGGUUGUAGCUAGAUACUGUAUGUUUGAGUCACGUCGAGGACAAUUAUCUUAACCUGCCACGUUAAUUCUCCUCACCUGCUACUAAAAAUAAAAUUUCCUGGUAAAAAAAAACGCCGACCUGCUCUGAGAACAGUCUUGGUUUCCUUCCCUGUCCAAACUCCAGUCCAGUUGGUGGCGGUGAUGCACCUUAAAGUUGGUUGCCAACCGCCAUAUAAAAUCCCCAGAAGAAGAAUCGACCACAAUCACAACUUCAAGUAGGCUAGCUAGGUACUUGGCCAAAGCGGAAACGGGGGUAAAGAUAAGUAUAUCAAGCUAACUUAGCAUAGAUAAGAGAACUGUUCUGUCAUUUUCGGCGUUCAGCAUUAAAGGGCGAACUGUGGUCCUUGCGCUGAGUAGGAAUCAUCUAUGUUGCUAGUUAUCAGUGGUUAGCUCGCUAGCUGUCUUUCGAGGUCAUUCUCGGCAGUGUGUAUUGUUAGAUAACGGUAUAGAAAUAUUUUUUUAGAGACACUUUAUAGGCUUGACUAGGUAGCUCGCCAACUAGUUAUACAGCCCGCUAACCUUUUAGCUAGCUAACUAACGUUAACUGAAAGCCGUCCCCAGCUGGAAAGAAGGAGACAUGAAGAGUCUUCCGUAUUUCUCCCGAGGGGAAGUCGUUCGAGGAUUCGGACGAGGAAGCAAAGAACUAGGGAUUCCCACAGCCAACUUCCCAGACUCUGUGGUGGAGCACCUCCCUGGCGACAUCAGCACAGGGAUCUACUAUGGCUGGGCAUGUGUGGGCAGCGGAGACAUCCACAAGAUGGUGAUGAGCAUCGGCUGGAACCCCUACUACAAAAACACCAAGAAAUCCAUGGAGACUCAUGUGAUACACACAUUUAAGGAAGAUUUCUAUGGACAGAUCCUCAGUGUAGUCAUGGUGGGCUACAUCCGUCCAGAGAGGAGCUAUGACUCGCUUGGUAAGAAUGCCCUCAUAGCAGCAAUCAACCAUGACAUUGAGGAGGCCAAGAGAAACCUGGAGCUCCCAGAACACCUCAAACUCAAAGAGGACAACUUCUUUAGAGCCACCACCAGCACGUCCAUGACAACGUCCAACAAGAUCAUGAAUGGCCACUGACUUCUGAACAACUAAUGGGCUCUCUUGUCUUUGCUCUGCUCUGUCUUUCUCUCUGUAAUCACUACCACACCAAUGGCCAAUAUGCUACUUAUUCAGUCCUCUGUAGAGAUUUUGUUUUGAGGAUCAAAUCUUUGUAUCUGAUCUGAAGCUACAUUUAGACCAUGGUCUUGUUCAUUAGGGCACAAUACCAAAAACCAUUACAAACUUUUUCCAAUGGAGAACAAGUUUCUUUGUCGGACAAGUUUGAUGCCUAAUGAACACGACCCAGUUAAUGCAAGAUAAUGUGCAAGUGAAUGUGAUCUUUGUGUUUUGAGGGGGAACAAAUUGUCUCUCGUCACAAGCCCUGUACCAUCAAACCACUGCUAAUAGAAAUGAAUGGUCAUUUUGUAUUGGUUUAGAAUUGGAGUUUAGUCUCAGCUUUGCCGUCAAAGUUUAUUCAUCCUUUUCAUAUUCAGAUGUAUUAAAAAUGUCUGCCUUGAAGCAGAGAGGUCCUCAACGUAUAUUGCAUGUAAUCUAGGCUAAAUAAUUGCAUUAUACACUUUGCUGAAUUCAAGUGCUUUAUUUUAUUUGAUGUACAGUAGGGCUAGUAUUUAUAAUAUAUUACUGUUUUCGUAGACCAAAUCUGUGAAUGAGAGUAUCUAUUCUCUAUUCUGUCCCUACCCCCUCAGAUUUUGAGCUACAUGGUUGGAGAAAAUGCCAAUGUAGCUCCAGCUUUCCGAUGUCCUUCAUUUGUAUAGUUCCUCAUUGGUCAAAUCCAGCAUUUUACCUCCCCACAAAUGAGGGAAAUAUUAUUUAAGUUUUGUGAGGGAGAAAAUAACCAAAUGGCCCCACUUAAGUGUCUGAAAGUUUCAACAAUGUAGUUUUUACUGACUUAACCAUGUUUGGACCCUAAUUCCACUGAGAUGAGCAAUGAUAUGGUACAAGAGGAGUAAGUCCAGGCCUCAUUCUCUACAGAUGCAUGUUUUUUUUUCUUUGUCAUUUUCUCAGAGGACAGAGGAGUGUUGAGAGCUUUAUAGCUGCUGUAAAUAGCCUCGUUGUUAAAAAUAAUUUGAGUUAAUGUGAUUUGAGAUGUACUGUAUUUAAGAGUCUAAUAUUGGCAGAGGAAAAAACAUGGCUAUUCAUAAUAUAUUACUGUUUUCGUAGACCGACUCUGGAAAUAAGAGACUAUAUUCCUCUCAAAGAUAUCCUGGCCUUUUUAUUGCAGCUGACCUUAAAUUCCCCUUCAUGCAGAAAAUGUACUGUAUGUAGUAAGCAGUUGAUAGAUGCAUAUGUAAAUCGAUACAAUGUCAUAUUGAACGCUAUGCAAAUGGCUGAGAUAAGCAUCUCGCCUAGCACCUAAAAGUCCUUAGGGAAGGUUUCUGGUUAGAAUAGUGACUCGGAGCACCAGUUGUAGAAGAGGGGACUAAUUACUGUGUUCCCCGGACCUAUACGCCUGACUGGUUGGCAGUACUGUGCCUUAGUACCACAUUCGCACACAUAUCGUCACAGCCCAACAUAUACAACAUAUAGAUUGUCUGACUAAUCUGACUUUCCCUAUCAUCAGUUUGUUGUGGACAAGCACCAGGGAAGAGGAUUAGUGAAACAUGGCUUCUACUACAUGUAUUAUCUUAGCAUCCCACCAUGUAAAGAUAUUAUAAGCAGUUAUUCCAUUAAACCAGUAUACUUUUAUCUUGUAACGCUAGCUAUCACCAUACUACUGUAGUAAAACAUACAGUAAGCAAACACAACUCAAGAAGGGACAUUUUGUUUGUGUCUGUUUUUCCCAGCUCCAGUUUUCAGCCUGUAAUGGCAUUACUCUGAAGGCCAAGGUCUGGUUAAUGAGGUCAGUGUACUCUGUGGUAAUUGUAUAAACAAUACAAACCUCCCCAGACCAUGAAGCAGCUCGUUUUGUAGCUGUGUUUUGAUCGUUGUGCCCUUUAUAUACGUACUGUCAGAGAUGUUCUAUAAAUCAGUGUAGCUAGAAACUCUCAUUGAACUAUCCAAAAACAUGGCUCAUAUUUCUGAUCAAGUAGCCUAUGCAUUAGUGUUGGAUUAGGUAACUACUCCUCGAUGGCAUCUGGUAGUAAUAGUGUUGUAGGGUUGCUCUCCAGUUUGGCACCGAACCACCACUCUCAGCCAACAUAUGAUCUCAUCACUAAACAAGGAAAACAUUUAGCUCAGUUGAGACUGCUUAGUAGAAUCAGACAAUGUCAUGAACCAGUGUCACCUGAUUCUUCUCCACUUUUGUUCUUCCAUUUGCAUUCUGCUUUUGUUUGUUCCUUUAUAAAGUGUGUGAUGGGCAGAAUGUUAAUUGUUCCCAAAAUGUGUUUUAACUGGAUAGGCCUCCUUGUAAAUCAUUCAAAUUCUUUCCAAGUAACUCUUGGAUUUUCCAGACCUCCAGUACAAACUAUUCUUUGUUAUUUCAACUGUGAAGGCAUACAGAUUUGACAGUUCUUUUCUAUGUAACAAAAUCAGACCAUGCAAUGCUGUAAUUGUUGACGAAGUAACAUGUCCUGAGUUAUAGUUUUGAAUUAAAAAAAUAUGAGAAAGCGAAACUGUGUAUAUUUGUCAUCACAGUUAACCAUGGGUCUGUGUUCAGGGACCCAUUGUGUGUGUUGGGCUCAUUUUCAGAACCUUGCUGUAUGAUCCUGCUUGAAGUUGUAUGGCUCUAUUCAAUCUAUAAAUCUGAAGCGAUGCGGCUGGAAUAGAGCCCUUUUUCUUAUUAAACGUACAAAGAUGCA